GGUCGUUCGCCCGGGAUGCCGGAAGUCUCUGACCCUGGCUGCGUCCAUGCUGGAGCUUCCCUGGCGUCACAAUUGCUCAAGGUCAGGCUCUGCCGGCCCUUGCCGGGGUGGGUUGUAGUUUGCAGAAGAUGCUCAGGUAAUAAGUAGUCAAGAUGUCUUCAGCACCUGAUCCUCCAACAAUUAAAAAAGAACCAUCAAAAGAGAGAAACUUUGAAAACCCAGGCCUCCGAGGGACGCACACAACAACCUUAUUUCGAGCUGUGAAUCCUGAGCUCUUCAUUAAACCUAACAAACCUGUGAUGGCUUUUGGAUUGGUAACCCUUUCACUCUGUGUGGCUUACAUUGGUUAUCUGCAUGCAACACAAGAGAACAAAAAAGACCUCUAUGAAGCCAUUGAUAGUGAAGGGCAUCGGUACAUGAGGAGAAAGACAUCCAAGUGGGACUAAAUGCUGCUUCCUUCAGGUAGACUGUUAUUACAGGCUCUGACACCUUUAAAUGAAAGACUGUUAGUGCACGGAAUUAUGUUUCUUGUUCCAUAAUAUGUUAACAAGGGAGAAUAUACAGUUGAAAGCAACCCACUGUGGUGUAAUCUUGUUACAGCUGAAGGUAUUAAAUCCUGUAUAAUAAAAGUACCCAGUACUGUUAAAUUUGCAUGGAGUUUCUAAUGUUUUAAAGGGAAUUGUGCCUUUGUAGCAAUGCAUUACUGUUGAGUAGAGAAGAGAGCCCCUUCAGCUACUAAAAUCGUGAUUAAAUGAAAGAAUAAAA